AAUUCUAGAUCCUUCUAAAACCUUCCAAUUUCUCCUUAAGAUCCCUAACCGUCAUUCCCCAUAGCCACUUCUCAUUACAGUAAUUACGAUCUUUUCAGUUCCCACUCCUCUAAUCGUCUAAAUAUCUCCGACGCAACAAAAAUGGCCUCCGAAACAGAUUCCCCUGUUUCUAAUCCCCCAAGAAUUUCAAGAAACAUGGAAGAUUUCUCCGAUUUCCCACCCUUCAUCCUGGGAUUCACAAACGCUGAGUUAGGUGAUCGGUUCCUCCUCCUAAACCCAUUGACCGGAGGCGUGUUCGUAGUAGAAUCUAGCACUGGCACUGCCAGAUCGUCUUCCUCGAGCUUGGAUUCUCUACUGGCGGGCGUACUUGGUAAAGAUGGUCAGCCGCCGGCUUCGAAAGCUUCCAUUGAGGCUCUGCGGAGCGUGGAGAUUGGCGAAGAAGAAGAAGGUGAGUGCGCGAUUUGCUUGGAGGAGUGGGGGCUUGGUGAGACGGCGAAGGAGAUGCCGUGCCGGCAUAGAUUUCACAAGGAGUGUAUAGAGAAGUGGUUAGGGAUUCAUGGGUCUUGCCCUGUUUGUAGACAUAAAAUGCCUGAAGAGGAUGAUGAUGAUGAGGCGAAGCAGAAGAGUGAGAGUAGUAGGUGGAGAAGGGACGGGAUUUGGUUCGGUUUUACUGUUGAUGGUAUACGUCAAUUUUUUGAACAUGAAACUGAAGCUUAGAGAUAAGAAUUUCUUCUGGGGUUUUUAAAAGAAUUGAAAAUUACAUGUGAAUAGAGCAAAAAAAGUUGUACCUUCUAUGAGUUCUAAUCCUAAACAUUCAAAAUUUUAUCUCUUUCAUAUUGCUAUCAAAGAGCUUACAAUGUUAUAUGAAAUUAUGAACAACAAUAUGGUGCUGAAUCAAAACCAAAACCAAAUUUUGUGGA